GUAAACGCAAGGUGCGACAGUUCUUUCAAAAAUUUAAUGCAUUUGCGCAUGCGCAGUUAAAUGAAACUGCGCACGACAAAAAAGCGAUUAGCACAGUCAAGUGACUUGCAGGGUACUCGAGGCUUCACAUCUGCACAGAGCCGUCUAUGCAGAACGUACACUUAUGGCUGUGAAAUCUGUUGCUCUUGUUACUUGUCUAGAGUUGGUAGAGAGGGCCAGCAUGAUGCCGAAAGUUUCAGAGAGGGCUGCAAUGGUAGAUGAGCUUAUACAGGCCUACAGAAUCACUCAACGAUUGAGGGUGAUUGAAGCAAAACCAGCCACGAGACAGGAAUUGACUGAAUUUCACUCGAGAGACUACGUCGGUCUGCUUGAACAGGCGGAGGCUGUAGAGGACGAGGGUGACCCUGAUAAGAUGUUGGAGGACUUUGGACUUUGUUAUGACUGCCCCAUAUUUGAGGAUAUGUACAAGUAUGUAUGCUGGGUUACUGGAGCCACACUCACAGCCGCCGACUGCUUACUGGCAGGUACAAAUUCAGUGGCAAUCAAUUGGACUGGCGGAUGGCACCAUGCAAAACGGUCUAGAGCAUCUGGAUACUGUUAUGUCAAUGAUAUUGUUUUGGGUAUUCUAAGACUUCAAGAGAAAUUUGACCGCAUUCUCUAUGUAGAUCUGGACUUGCAUCAUGGAGAUGGGGUUCAAGAAGCUUUCUAUUAUUCUAACAAAGUAAUGACGUUGUCUUUCCAUCUACGGUGUCCUGGUUUCUUCCCUGGUUCAGGUGAUGCGGAUGAGGUUGGUGAGAGGGCAGGUCGUGGAUAUUCGGUCAAUGUACCAUUGAAGAGUGGUGUUACAGAUGACCAGUACUAUCACAUCUUUCUAAGAGUUAUUGCAGUUGUCAAGGAUCGCUUCAAAGCUGAUGCCAUAGUGUGUCAGUGUGGUGCUGACUGUCUUGUGGGUGAUCCGAUAAGUGAUGGUGGUGCUGAAGGGUUCAACCUAAGCUUAAAGAGCAUAACCAAAUGUGUUCAACAUCUGAUGUCUUGGGAUGUGCCACUUCUUGUUCUUGGAGGAGGAGGAUAUCACUUAGCAAACACAGCUCGGUGUUGGACUUAUCUUACAGCGGUCUUAGUGAGCAUGGAGCUGCCGGAUGAAAUACCAGACCAUAAAUUUAUUGACAUGUACAAGCCACUGUUUUGCUUGAGGAUUUCACCACAUGGAACUCAACCCAACAAAAAUGAAGUGGCAUCAGUCAACAAAACUCUCCAGUAUAUUAGGGUCAAUGCAGGCAUUCGAUAAUGGCAAUCAAGAUCAACUAAUGACAACAACACUUCAUUCACAAGUUUGAUAUAGUAUACAAAUUAAAAUAUAACAGUACUAACACAGACUCAAUUUGUAUAGUACACAACCUACAUUCUAGGGCUGUAAACAGCCAAGUUAUUUCUCGUAGAGCUGGUGGCUUAGCUAGUGAUCUUUUUCCAUGAAACUGUCAUAGCAGUUAGCUGGGCUGGUAAAUGCCACAGUCUGUAAUUUUCACUGGCACAAUUGGACGUUCAUUGUAUGUCUUCACUGCUUCCA